CUCAAAAAAAUCAAGUAGGUUAGUCAGACACGAUCUCCCUUUCCUAAAACCAUGCUGACUGUCUCCCAGGAUAUUGUUACCAUAUAGGUAAGUUUCCAUUUUGGAUUUUAUUAUAGUUUCCAUAAGUUUACAUAUAAUAGAAGUCAGGCUUAUUGGUCUGUAGUUACCUGGUCCGGUUUUGUCUCACUUUUUGUGGAUCGGUAUUACGUUUGCUAUUUUCCAGUCUGUCGGUACAACCCCUGUGUCAAGAGACUGUUGCAUGAUCUUGGUUAGCGGUUUGUAAAUAACUUCUUUCAUUUCUUUGAGUACUAUUGGGAGGAUCUCAUCUGGCCCAGGGGAUUUGUUUAUUUUAAGAGCUCCUAGUCCCUUUAACACUUCUGCUUCUGUUACGCUAAAGUUAUUUAAAAUUGGAUAGGAACAGGUCGAAAACCUGUGAAAAGUAAUCAUUUAAUAUAUUUGCUAUUUUUUUUUUCCUUCAUCUAUGAUUUUGCCAUUUGUGUCUCUUAGACAUUUAACCUCCUCUUUGAAUGUUCUCUUGCUGUUAUAAUAUUGGAAAAACAUUUUGGAAUUGGUUUUAGCCCCCUUAAUUGGUUUUAGCCCCACGCUGUCCCAAGCUGGGAGUUUGCAAACAAGUAUUUCUCAAGAUCACAUUACAAUAUAGUAAAGAAACACACAUGGUAACUCCCUUGUUUUCACCGCUGAAACCUAGCGUUGCCGAGCAACCUGGUAUGCUAACUGUCAUUUAAUCUGCUGGUAAUAAAAACAAAACAGGGGCUUGCAUAACUGUCUGGAUAGACACUCCCUUCUUUAAUUAUUAUGAGUGUGUUAUUUAGUAGAUACUUUUAUCCAAAGCGACAUACAGAGGCUAGGGGGGUGAACUUUGCUUCAUCAACAACUGCUGCUGCUGCUGAGUCACUUCCAAUAGGAGCUCGUUUGUUUUACGUCUCAAGCUUUGUCCGGCCUGCCUGUCUUGUCUGUUUCUGCUUGUCGUUUUUUUUUGCUCCCUUCCAGCAGCUGCUUUUCUCAGAGAAGCAAUGACAGCUUUUCCCUUCUACGGAACAAUCUGAACAAAUUCACUCAACAGGAAGCGGAUCAGGUCAGACUCUGGAGGGCUGCUUCCUCCCAGCUGCACACAGUUUUGCUUUUCUUGCGCAGGACCUCGCUGUGCUCGUUCCAAGAGCCUGAUGCCUGGGGAGCCCUUCUCUGGCUUGGGUCGCCCUGUGUCCCCCAGCACCCUGGAGAGACCCCUCAAGACGGGCUGGCUGAAGAAGCAAAGGUCCAUCGUCAAGAACUGGCAGAUGCGCUUCUUCGUGCUGAAGGGACACUACCUGUAUUACUACAAGGAUGAGAAGGACAGCGCGUACCAGGGUUCCAUCCCUCUGCAAGGCAGUCAGGUGAACGAGCUCGCUUCAAACCCAGAGGAACCUGGCAAGUUCCUGUUUGAAAUCAUCCCAGGCAGCUGUGGGGACCGGGAGCGCACGAGCCAGGACUCCCACGUACUGAUGGCAAACUCUCAGAACGAGAUGGAGGAGUGGGUGAAAACCCUGCGCAGGAUGAUGGGCGUGCCCGCCAGCGGAGCAGUGUUUGGGCAGAGCCUGGCUGACACGGUAUUGUACGAGCAGAAGUUUGGCCAGCACCUCGUCCCUAUCCUGGUGGUGAAGUGUGCGGAGUUCAUCCUGGAGCACGGGCUCAGCGAGGAGGGGAUAUUCCGCCUGCCAGGGCAGGACAACCAGGUGAAGCAGCUCAGAGACGCCUUCGAUGCAGGCGAGAGGCCCUCGUUCCCCAGUGACACCGAUGUCCACACGGUGGCGUCCUUGUUCAAGCUGUAUCUCAGAGAGCUGCCAGAGCCUGUCGUCCCCUGGUCACAGUACGAAGACUUCCUGAACUGGAGCACCGACGGAGAGGCGGGCCAGAAACAGCUAGAGAAUCAGAUUGCCCUUCUUCCCAGGGCCAACUACAGCCUUCUCAGCUACAUCUGCAGGUUUCUGUACGAAAUACAGCGGAACUCCAGCGUCAACAAAAUGAGCGUGGAGAACCUGGCAACCGUGAUUGGGGUCAAUCUGCUGAAGCCAAGAAUCGAAGACCCGGUAACUAUCAUGAAAGGCACGCCCCAGAUUCAGAAGGUCAUGACGGUGAUGAUCAGCCGCCACGAAGAGCUCUUCCCCAAGUCCAAAGACGUCGCCCCCGCGUCGCCAGUGCAGAAGAGCGACAGCAAGCGGUCCAACGCCCCGCGCAGCUUUGUGGGCUGGGACGUGGCAGAGGACACGAGCAGCGGCAAGGAAGACACGAACGAUGAACUUGCGUUCUCGGAGUCUGUGGAGAACCUGUCCUCCCCCUCCUAUAGUACUGCUGAGGGUCCCGGGACCCAGCCCUCCGACGGAGGAGACCCCUGGACAGCCAGCCCCCGCAAGCGCACCCAGACCCUGCCCUCCCGCAAGUGUUCCUUCGGCUCUCAGGGGGAGGCGGGGGGCGGCAGGGCUGGGAUCCUAAACGAUGACAUGUGGAACGUCCUGGGAACCUCCCCUCCUAGCUCGGACCCCAAUAAAAGGACCCUAUCAGAAGACAUUUUCAAGAUUUUGGACCUCCAGCGGGUGUCGCUGUUCCCAAGCUCUACGAUGUCGGACGAGAGCGAUCGUAGUGCCACAAACGGGCCAGAGGGUAAAGUCACAGAAGCAACAGCAGCAGCCAAACAGACAGAGAUCCAUUCCUUCAAACCCAAGAGCCUCACUCCCCAGACUAGAGAAAUAAAGAGCCCAAGGGCGAUGGAUAACGAUGAGAGCAAGGCAGGGGGUCAAGAAGCACCAAGGAACUCACUCCCGGGGGGAGAGGUGGAGCUGAGGAAAGAAACAGAGAGGCAGAAGUCUCUCUACGAGGCUCACGUCAGCAGCCUGGAGAAGACGAACAGUGAGCUGUCUGUCAAGGUGUCGGAGCUGCGCGAGUCGCUGGCGGAGGAGAGGAGGAGGAGCUCCGCUCUAGAAAUCCGGCUCCGGAACGUGGAGUGGGCCCGGGAUGAAGCGGAGAAACGCAACAAAGCACUGGACAAGGAGAUCCAGGAAUUCCUCACCAAGACCCCAGCCUCCUAAAGGAAAGUCCAUCCUUCGGAUGAGACGUAAAACAAACGCGGUCCUAUUGUAAGUGACUCUGCAGCAGCAGUUAUUGAUGCAUAGUUCAACCCCUAGUCUCUGUAAGUCGCUGCGGAUAAAAAGCAUCUGCUAAAUGAUUCAUUAAUUAAUUAAAGGAAAGGCCGGUCCUGGAGCAGUUUGUAAGUUUGGGGUCUUAAGACAAGGCUGUCAUAUAAUUUCUAUAGACUUUCCGGUGUUGUGUAAAGAUGUUUCUUGUGGUCAUCAAUUGGGACUGAACGUGACUGAAAGCAAUGGGUCUCCAAAAACACCUUCCACCCAACAGCAGAGGAGAGGGAGCAAGUCUGAGCCGCACAUCACACAUUUUAAGAAACAAGAUGAGGUCCCUUUUUUAUUUUCUCCUGGGAUCCCUUUGUUGUUUUUCUCCUCGUAAUGACCUGUCUCCUCUCCAAGAACUACUAACUCUGUCUCGUUCGUUGAGAUCAGAAAAUGCAGAACUCGGUUGUGGAACUCCGGUUACCAUUAGGCAGGUUGAAACACUGGAUUCUUUUAAGUCUAAACUCAAAACCUACUGUUUUGAAUGUGCUUUUAUACAAUGGGUUGUAGCUGGAGUGCAUUGUACAUGUGAGCUCUCCUGUUUCGUUUUUAACUUUGUACAGCGCUCUGGGAUGCCAUGGCGUGAAGGGAGGGUACUAUAUAAAAAUACAUGUGUAUUGUGUAUUUUUAAAUAUUCUUGAAAUGUAUUUGUUUACGACUGUAAGUCGCCCUGGAUAAGGGCGUCUGCUAAGAAAUAAAUAAUAAUAAAUAA